ACAAUAGCAUUGAGGAGGGCUUGAAAUGUUUCACCGUAUGUUGCGAAUAUUUUGUUACGCCUUUAAUUAUAGAGCUGGUUGUCGAUUUGUUUCCACCAAAUUACAAGAGAGCUGCGAUGUAGAACUGGGAGAACAAGGUGAGAUACAGAUUUCUGUUCCUCAAUGAAUUACUCUGCGAUAGAAAUGAUUUCUUAUCGGAUCGUACAGGUUGAUGAUAAGGCUACGUUUAUGUUACACUUUGCGUAAGUUGCAAACCCGAUACGUUUUAUGAACUUUAAACUGACUCACACACGGUAGAGGCACUAGGAAAAACGUGAUUACCGUCGUUGACGCUUAUCGAACGCGAUUGAUUAGUGUAUUGGUCAGGUGUUCUUAUAAUUAGAAAAGUAAGGCACCAUGUCCAUUGCAGAAGUCCGGGAGAUCCUCACCGUACGAUAACUGGACCACAACAUCUUGCAGGUGUCCCGAACACCUGCACUUCGUUCGGAUAAGAUUAGUCUUCACAUCAAGGUGAUUUGCACCAUCGACAGAUGUACCGUGGUAUAAAAACAUGCGUACCCGAUCCUGGGACAGUCAAGUGCAGAGUGCCGGCGUGCAGACAAUUAGAGUCUCAAAUCAGCUCACGAGGAAGGCUCCAUUCAACCAACUAUCCGUCAAAGAUGUACCGGUUCGCAGUUUUGCUAGUGGCCCUCGUUGCCAGCGGUAGCCUUACGGAGGCACUGGAGACUCAUGCCUGCUCAAACGGACGCCCUCAUCCGGGAAGGGUGGAGAUCUCUGGAUGUGCGCAAAUGCCCUGCGAGCUGGUUCGUGGUAGCGAUGUCGGAAUGGUUCUAGAUUGGGAAGCACCAUUCUCUGCCCAAUCGUUGCACUAUCGUGUAGUGGCUACCGCCCUCGGUAUCACCGCUCCUUAUGAGUUGCCGCCAGAUCGUGCUGCUGCCUGCAAUUGGCUGUCCGGUUCUGCGUGCCCCAUCAGCCAGGGUGAAGACAUCGUCAGCACUCUUAGCAUGCCUGUUCUACCGAUCUACCCGCUGGUCAGUCUAGUUAUUGAAGUAAGCGUGAUAGAUGAGCAGACACGUACACACACGUGCUUUGCUGUGGAUGCUCGUGUGGUUGUUGAAGUCUCGCAAACAACCACAACCAUGAUCCGCGCUCUUCUUCUGAUUGCCCUCGUGCCAGCUGUUGUAUACGGUAACGUUGGCCGUGCCUGCACGGGUGGACGUCCGCAAGCGGCCAAUGUCGACAUUGUUGGUUGCAGUGCUCCGCCUUGCGAUCUGAUCCGCGGCCAGGACGUGAUCGCUUACAUUGAUUUCACUACUGACCGUGCUGUUACCUCCAUGACGACUGUCCCGACGGCUACCGCUCUCGGUAUCACCGCACCCUACCCGCUUCCGGCUGAGUUUGCUGAUACUUGUGCUUGGCUUGAGGGUUCCAGCUGUCCCCUUAGUGCCAACGAGGACGUUACCUACCGACUAACGAUUCCGGUACUGUCGAUCUAUCCGCUGGUUAGUUUGAGCAUCGAAAUCGAUAUUGUGGACGAUAACGACGAAUCUGUCACCUGUUUCGUGGUUGAUGCGCAAGUCGUUCCAGCUAAUUAAGUGGAAAUAAAAGCAAACUGUAGUGUUCUAAAGUAA